UUUGGUCACCCUAUCAUAAUCCACAGAAGAUAACAGGUAAAAGAUCAAAAAACAGAAGCUGCCGAAAAUCAAAAGGGUCUUAAUCCCGGUUUUCCCGUCACCAUUUUCAAUCCUUUGACGUACCCUUUUCAAUCAAUCACCGACCCUGUCGCCCUUUUCGUUUUGUUUAUUGUUUUCUCAAAUUUCAGGUGCGUGCAUGAGAUGUGAGCAUCAAGUAUUUGCACCUCACAUAAUCUUCACGUUGUUUGCACUACUGGGUACCUUUUUUUAUUGAUGUUCUUGCCUGGAAUCUGCCUGUUCAUCUCGAUUUCAACGUUUUGGGGAGUUUUUGGCUCAUCUGGACUGAAGCAGUGAGUAUUGGUGAUCUGUUGUGGAAGAGUUUGAGUUGAAAUCGUAAAAAGAGAGUGCCCAAAUUAUUAGUAGAUUUUUAGUUGAAGAGGAUAAAUGGCAUCCAUCGCGGAUAUAGGAGUUGGGGCAGCCAUUAACAUUCUUAGUGCUUUUGCGUUCUUUAUAGUAUUUGCUUUACUUCGGAUACAGCCAGUGAACGAUAGGGUCUACUUUCCCAAAUGGUACAUUAAAGGCUUAAGAGGAAGUCCAUUGUCUAAUGGUGCAAUGGUAGGCAGAAUUGUGAAUUUGGAUUUCAGAUCAUACUUGAAGUUUCUGAACUGGAUGGUUGCAGCUUUGCGAAUGCCAGAACCCGAGUUAAUCGAUCAUGCCGGGCUCGAUUCUGCUGUUUACCUGAGGAUUUACUUGUUAGGGCUCAAAAUUUUUGUGCCCAUUGCAUGUCUGGCCUUCACAAUCCUGGUACCCGUUAAUUGGACAAAUGGAACUUUGGAGCAUUCUUCUUUAAAUUACAGCGAUAUAGACAAGCUUUCCAUUUCCAACAUUCCUGUUGGAUCACGUAGAUUUUGGACCCAUUUGGUUAUGGCUUAUGUCUUUACGUUUUGGACUUGCUAUGUGUUGAGAAAGGAGUAUGAGAAUGUUGCUUUAAUGAGGCUCCAUUUUCUUGCGUCCGAAAAUCGGCGUCCAGAUCAGUUCACGGUGAUUGUUAGAAACGUACCUCCAGACCCUGAUGAAUCCAUUAGCGAGCUCGUUGAACAUUUUUUCCUGGUCAAUCAUCCUGAACAUUACCUGAAUCAUCAGAUUGUUUAUGAUGCAAACAAACUCUCUAAAUUGGUUGAAGAGAAGAAAAAAAUGCAGAAUUGGCUAGAUUUCUACCAGCUUAAACGUUCUCGAAACCAGUCCAAGAGGGUCACUGUGAAGACUGGUUUUCUAGGUCUUUGGGGAGACAAGGUAGAUGCCAUAGAUUAUUACUCGUCCAAAAUCGAAAGUCUAUCAAAAGAAAUACCACUGGAGAUGGAUAAGACAAUGAAUGAUCCUAAAUCAAUCAUGCCAGCAGCCUUUGUUUCCUUCAAAUCUCGGUGGGGCGCUGCUGUUUGCGCACAAACUGAACAGUCAAGAAAUCCGACCAUUUGGUUGACAGAAUGGGCUCCUGAGCCCCGUGACGUGUACUGGGAUAACCUGGCUAUUCCAUUUGUUUCACUGGCAAUCAGGAGGCUCAUUGCUGGAGUUGCCUUCUUCUUCCUUACCUUCUUUUUCAUGAUCCCCAUUGCAUUGGUUCAGUCCCUUGCUAACAUGGAGGGCAUUGAGAAAACGGCUCCCUUCCUCAAACCCAUUAUUGAAUUGAAAUUCGUUAAGUCGGUUAUCCAAGGCUUUCUUCCUGGAAUCGCUUUGAAGAUUUUCCUCAUCGUUCUUCCUUCUAUACUGAUGUUAAUGUCGAAAUUCGAAGGAUUUAUUAGUCGAUCGUCUUUGGAGAGAAGAUCCGCCACAAAAUAUUACAUAUUCCUAUUUGUUAAUGUGUUUCUUGGCAGUAUAAUCACAGGAACCGCAUUCCAGCAACUUAAUAAUUUCCUUCAUCAGUCUGCAAACGACAUUCCGAAGACGAUAGGUGUCUCGAUUCCGAUGAAGGCAACGUUUUUUAUUACCUUCAUCAUGGUGGACGGUUGGGCUGGAAUUGCUGCAGAGAUUCUGAGGCUUAGGCCUUUGAUAAUGUACCACCUUAAAAACUUCUUCUUGGUUAAGACUGAAAAGGAUAGAGAAGAAGCCAUGGAUCCAGGAAAUCUGGAGUUCAACACAGGCGAGCCUCGAAUUCAGCUUUAUUUCUUACUCGGGCUCGUUUAUGCUGUUGUCACACCUCUUCUCCUUCCGUUCAUUGUUAUAUUUUUUGGAUUGGCAUAUGUCGUCUAUCGUCAUCAGAUCAUAAAUGUGUACAAUCAAGAGUACGAAAGUGCUGCAGCAUUCUGGCCCGAUGUCCACAGGCGUGUCAUUGUCGCUUUAGUCGUUUCUCAGCUAUUAUUAAUGGGACUACUCAGUACAAAAGAAGCUGCACAAUCAACUCCCUUGCUCAUUGCACUGCCAAUUUUGACUGUAUGGUUUCAUACAUUCUGUAAAGGCCGAUACGAACCGGCUUUCGUUCGAUAUCCAUUACAGGAAGCAAUGAUGAAAGAUACAUUGGAACGUGCAAGGGAGCCAAACUUGAACUUGAAAGGACUCCUUCAAAAUGCAUACGUUCAUCCCGUUUUCGUGCACGACGAAGACGAAGUAGAAACCGAAACAGAUUCUGAAGAUUGGCAGAAGGAGCCAGCGCUGGUGCCAACAAAACGCCAGUCUCGAAGGAAUACGCCGUUGCCGAGCAAGCUCAGCAGCCCCUCAUCGUCCUCACGGUUUGAAGUUGAUGAAGGAGUUUCAUAACAUUCAGAAGUGGUAAGCUUGCGCUUGCUUGUUGAAUGGUGUAUAUUUUCACUUGGGAAGAAAGGGAAGGAGGUGGUCACUGUAACUGUAAAUGAUAUGAUGAGUUGGGAUAGUGCAAUUUUUUCUGUUCUUUCCUUAGGAUUUUUUAUAAAUUAAUUUAUUAUAUGAUAAUCGAGUAUUAGUGAGUUUAAUAGAGAUGUCUAUGGGACGAGGUC